UCACUUCCUGCCGGGCUGCGGGCGCCGGAGCGGCUCUUCAGCGUUUUCGCCGGCGGCCGCCGCGUCUGCCUCGGCUCCCCCUUCCUCUGACCCCCCCGGCCCGGCGGCACCCGCCUCCUCCGCGGCCACUCCGCCUCUUCCCUCCGUCCCUUCCUCCUCUCCCUGCUUCCUUCCUCCUUCCCCUCCUUGCCGCCGCCGCCGCCCAGGACCGCCGGCCGGGGGACGAGCUCGGGGCAGCAGCCAGGAGUUUGCUAAUCAUAUAACAUCUCAGAACUGAAACAAAACAACAUUGUUCCUGGAGCUGUUUUUUUAAGGUAGAACUUUAGACUUCAUAGCACUGAAUUAAUCUGCACUGAAAGCUGUUUACCUGCAGUUGUUCACUUUUGUUGAAAGUGACCAUGUCUCAAGUUCAAGUGCAAGUUCAGAACCCAUCUGCUGCUCUCUCAGGGAGCCAAAUACUGAACAAGAACCAGUCUCUUCUCUCACAGCCUUUGAUGAGUAUUCCUUCUACUGCUAGCUCUCUGCCCUCUGAAAAUGCAGGUAGACCUAUUCAAAACUCUGCUUUACCCUCUGCAUCUAUUACAUCCACCAGUGCAGCUGCAGUUCCUUCUAACAUGGCACACCCCAAAGAGAAAACCCCAAUGUGUCUUGUGAAUGAGUUAGCCCGUUUCAACAAGAUUCAGCCUGAGUAUAAGCUUUUGCGUGAGCAAGGUCCAGCUCACUGUAAGGUGUUUACAGUACAGCUAACACUUGGAGAUCAGAACUGGGAAGCUGAAGGAUCUAGUAUUAAAAAGGCCCAACACACAGCUGCUGCCAAAGCUUUGGAAGGAACAAAAUUUCCUAAACCCAUAGCCCGCCCUUUUCGUAGCGAAGGAAGGAAUCCAGAAAGCAUAACUCCUACUGUAGAACUAAAUGCACUGUGCAUGAAACUUGGGAAAAAACCAAUGUAUAAACCUGUUGACCCUUACUCCCGGAUGCAGUCCACCUAUAACUACAACAUGAGAGGAGGUGCUUAUCCCCCAAGGUACUUUUACCCAUUUCCAGUACCACCUUUACUUUAUCAAGUUGAACUUUCCGUGGGAGGACAGCAGUUUAACGGGAAGGGGAAGACAAGACAAGCUGCAAAGCAUGAUGCUGCUGCGAAGGCCUUGAGGAUCCUGCAGAGCGAGCCGCCGCCUGAAAGGCCAGAGGUGAAUGGAAGGGAAUCAGAAGAGGAAAAUCUCAACAAAUCGGAAAUAAGUCAAGUGUUUGAGAUUGCACUUAAACGGAACUUGCCUGUGAAUUUCGAGUCUUUCCCUCUCAAACAGGUUGCUCGGGAGAGCGGCCCCCCCCACAUGAAGAGCUUUGUGACCAGGGUGUCAGUUGGGGAGUUUGUGGGGGAAGGUGAAGGGAAGAGUAAGAAGAUUUCAAAGAAGAAUGCUGCUAUAGCUGUGCUUGAGGAGCUGAAGAAGUUACCCCCCUUGCCUGCAGUCGAGCGAGUAAAGCCCAGAAUGAAAAAGAAAACGAAGUCCAUAGUCAGGAUGCCCACUUGUCCUUCUACAAAACUAUAUACAUGUUCAAAAAGUAGCCCAGAAUAUGGCCAGGGGAUGAACCCAAUUAGCAGAUUGGCCCAGAUUCAGCAAGCAAAAAAGGAUAAGGAGCCAGAGUACAUGCUCCUCACAGAGCGAGGCCUCCCACGCCGCCGCGAGUUUGUCAUGCAGGUGAAGGUGGGAAACCACACCGCAGAGGGAGCCGGCACCAACAAGAAGGUGGCCAAACGCAACGCAGCAGAGAACAUGCUGGAGAUCCUCGGUUUCAAAGUUCCGCAGGCUCAGCCCACCAAGCCGGCCCUCAAAUCAGAGGAGAAGACACCAAUAAAGAAAUCAGGGGAUGGAAGAAAAGUAACGUUUUUUGAACCUGGCUCUGGGGAUGAAAAUGGGACUAGCAAUAAAGAGGAUGAGUUCAGGAUGCCUUAUCUCAGUCACCAGCAGCUGCCUGCUGGCAUUCUCCCCAUGGUGCCCGAGGUCGCCCAGGCUGUAGGAGUCAGUCAAGGACAUCACGCCAAAGAUUUUGCCAGGGUAGCUCCGAAUCCUGCCAAGGCCACGGUAACUGCCAUGAUAGCCCGUGAAUUGUUGUAUGGGGGCACCUCGCCCACAGCCGAGACCAUUGUAAAGAGUAACAUCUCUUCAGGCCACGUACCCCAUGGACCUCUCACAAGACCCUCUGAGCAGUUGGACUAUCUUUCCAGAGUCCAGGGAUUCCAGGUUGAAUACAAAGACUUUCCCAAGAACAACAAGAAUGAGUUUGUAUCUCUUAUCAAUUGCUCCUCUCAGCCGCCUCUGAUCAGCCAUGGCAUCGGGAAGGAUGUGGAGUCCUGCCAUGACAUGGCUGCGUUGAACAUUCUAAAGUUACUGUCUGAGUUGGACCAACAAAGCACAGAGAUGCCAAGAACGGGAAACGGACCAAUGUCUGUGUGUGGGAGGUGCUGAACCUUUUUUUGGCCAGGAACCAUUGUAAAGUCCCAACAUAUAUACUGAAAAUCCUGAAACUGCUUUGAGAAUUGGAAUUUCUGAUACCUCCAGUGGGCCGAGAGACCUGAUGGGUAAAGAACUGGAGACAGCGGUGGUGAUGAAAGUGGGACCACAAGGAGGCGGCUGUGGCCACUUGUGCUGGGGUUGUCCCCACCCAGCAGCAGCUGCAGAAGGGGCCUACCCGGCAGCCAGGCAUGUCGGAAAAGCCAGUGGGUCCAUGUCCCGGUUAUUUUCUGCGUGAAAACAGCACGGAUCUUUUUUCAAACUGGCUCAUCAAACAUUUUGGGACAAACUCUGGACACCAUGCUGAAGAGAGCCUUAGCCGGCCCGCGCCGAAAGCACCAGAUAAUCAAAUGCUUCCUGCUCAGCACACGCCGACUCUCCUGGUGUGCCGCGGCCACUGCCUCCUGAGCAACCCACCAUCACCACUGCUUUCUCUCCCAAAAGAUACGUAUUCUUAGUUUUAUGAUUUUCUUUUGAUUGAAAUGACACUAUACAGAUUUUCAUUUGAGUUUCUCAAUUGUAUCUAGUUACAUAGCAGUUAGAAACUUGUCUGAGACUGACUUUUCAGUAACCUAACUGGCAGAGAUCAUAUCCAUGUGUCUGUGGCUAUACAUUUUUAUUUCAUUGGACUAACCCAGGACCACUUCAGUGAUGGCAACUGUGUUUAGCUGAAAGUCCUGGACUUCUCAGAAACCUUGAAGUCUCCCACUGGUGUAUAAAUUGGACAAUUUAGGAAUUUUAAAAUUUCAAUGAUCAGUGGGUUAUUUUCUAUUUUACCUUUUGUUAUUGCAACAGAACUUAAAACAAGUGAGCUUUGAUCUUUGUUUUAAAGACUACAGAGACAAUUGUGUGUAUAUACAUAAGGCUCUUGAGGAUACUUGGUUUCACUACACUACGGGAUAUGAUCUCCAUGUUACACGUAAAACUGCAGACUGGUUUUCCUUAAGUGUGUUAAGACAAUGUUGAUUCCAUCUCCAUGUAGGACUGAAAGAGGGACCUGUUUCUCUCAGACUGUGUUGCUGUCUCACUGUGCACCAAUGCGUACAGUGGCCUGCGUAUAUCCAGGUAGAGAGCACGGUAGCCUUGCCAGUUAAGUUCUGCUUCAAUUCGUUGUUUACGCUGGAAUUUUUUCUCCCCAUGGAAUGUAAGUAAAACUUAGUGUUUGUCACCAAUAAAUGGUAAUACUAAAUUUUUUUUUGUUAAUUUAUUCUCAAAGGCCACUACUGCUAGGUUGGCCCCCUCCCAACCUGCCCCCCCUUUUUUAUUUAAAAACAAAAACAACUUUGUAAUGCUUAUGAUUCCAUCUGGGUGAGAUUCUGAAGAUUUGAAAUAACUUUAUAUGAAACCAUUGAUCAAUAAAACAGCUACU